AUGGUAACCUUCCAGGCUACCCUCCCGAACCUGCGCCGGCUCUUCAUAGAGGCAAGGUCGGACGACGAGGAGAGAGAGGUUUCGCGAAGGGCAUUUUACAACGCCGUAUUGUUCAUGGGCUCCGUUGCCGUCUUCAGUCUCAUAGCUCAGAGGAUGAAUGCCGGCAAGUAG